AUGGAGAAUACUGGCGUGUCCCCUCCUUACUAUCCCGCCCCAAGCAUCAGAGUACCGGAGUCCCUGCACUAUGACUACGUUGACUACGCCGCCACUGCACCACUCCAUUCCUUGAGUUUCAGGGGCUUCUCAGAGAGAUCUCCCUCUCAUCACGAUGAUCAAGCCUACCAUCGGUAUUUUUCACCAUACGGAGCUCAAACGACUGGGCCAGUCCCGUCUACGAGCGCACAUGCCUACCUUUAUGAGCAUGCCGGUAUGCCAAUCGCCGGCCCAUCCUCGUCACAAGGGCAACCGCCUUCGUCAAGCCAGCUUGGUGGCAACGUUUUCCGCGGUAACUGCUUUUCAGGCCCGCAGGAAGUCUGGCAAUGGGGAUCUGAAACGCCAUAUUCAGAGCAAGGUGCAGUACAUGUACCAGCACCGCGCGGAGAUGGAGGGUCUGCCUACAAUAAAGAGCCAGAAGAGAACGCCCCGUUUGUGCGAACACCGACAGCCCAGCUACCGACCCCUGCUGCUAUGGCCAUCUUGCUGAAUACUACUUCGCGACAUUCGACCUCGGAGGGGCACCCUCCCCCUCCUCAAUAUACCCCCCUCGAGGACAGCAAUUUGGAUGAGGGAGACUCGUAUCAAGCUGCUCCUGAUGCCGCUGCUGGUAGUAGCCCGGGGGACAGCGACUCGGUCUCACGAUCGGCGCCUGAGCCUCCAGUUCGAGAAAAGAGGCACGGAUGCUGGAUGUGCCACAAGAGUUUCGAUCGUCCAAGCACACUCAGAAAGCACCUCCUCGUUCACACAGGCGAGAAAGCGUUUAAAUGCGAUACGUGUGGCCGUCGAUUCGGUGUCGCGUCGAACCUGAAUCGCCACGUUCGCAAGUGUAUCUUGAAGCCCGUCAACAUGAUUGCCAGAGGAGAUUCCGACUCUCCACCAUCUACGAUCAGCGCCUCUGCUACUAGGCGCGGCAGAACCACUACGUCGGCCGAAAGCAAUGAACAACAACAAUCAGGAAAGCAAACGAAGCCCAAGCGCCACCGCCGUGCACCUUCACCGUCGAAUUGGAUACCUCCAUCGCUUUUGGGAUUCAACUUAAAACCCGAAGACUUCAAGAAAUCGGUUCCAGUGCCCCUACCUCCUGUGGUCCCUUCGAAAACGGAGGAGCGAAACUCAUGGGACGAGAAUGUAGACGCAUCGCCGUAUCAUCCCCGUGGGUGGAAGCACAAGUUGCCAGGUCCGGGGCUAGGCAUGGGGCUGGGGCUAGCCCGAGACCUAAGGAACAUAGACUUGGCCGGGAACGGGGGAAUCAUGCUUGGCCGAGUUUCAGUCUUUUGA